CGGUGUUCGAAGUGAUCGUCGCACGAUCGGAACAACAAUAACCACUAAAACAACGGCCAAAAAAUCGGAUAGAAUAGACACAACAACUACAACAAAACGGAAGUGAAAAAUUCGCGUUUUUUUACACAACAUUUUGCAUUUUCCGCCCGUUAGAUACAAUUGUCUAAGCCCCCGACAAAAGGUCCCAUUGUGAGACAAUUUUUCCGUCCGACCCGCCUCGUACCGCUCCGAUCCAAGUGAUCCGAUCCGAUUCGAUCCGAUCCCCGUAAGUCCAGUGCCACUUUGUGGCGGGGUCAAUCAGUCGGGAAGUCGGAAAGUCGGUCGGUCGGUCGACUGUCGCGCCGGACUCUCCCAUGUAUUUCGGAAAUGAAAUUAGAAAUUGAAAACAGUUCACUGGCGAAUUGGCAUCAUCCGUGGAUAUGGCUGCAAACGAUCUUCAAAUCGAUUCCCCCCAAUUUGAUGGUGCGAUGGCGGAACAACACUGACGCCAUGAUCGAAGCCCAGUACCCGACCGCUGGAGAAUUCGAAUACAUGGAGUGUGGACCAUCCCCGCCGGCGGAGAGUGCGCCGAGCAUGUACGACAGCUUUGAGGAGCCGACUAGCGAGUUGAGCGUUCAGAUAUGCAACGACACGCUCCGGAUCAGCCUGAUCGACCAGAUGAAGAGCGCGGCGGGACGUGUGCGGCUCUUCGAGGACAUCGAGCAGGGCAACGUGGUGGCCGAGAGCAUUCGGACGCACUUCGAGUCAGCCUCGAAGCUGGAGAAGAACCUCAGCUAUUUGUGGGCCUCGUACCUCAAGCGCUGGGAUUUAAUCGAGGGUCUGCUGGAGGCCGGAGCCGAUCUUAGCUUUUGCGAUCAGAAUGGAAUUUCGGCACUGCAUCUGGGAGCUUUCAGUGGCUGCCUAGCCACGCUGGGCCUGCUGGUCACCAAGGGUCUGAACGUGAACCUUCAGUCCAAGUGCUACACGCCGCUCCAUUGCGCUGCCUUUGGAAACGCUGCGGAGGCGGCCAAGUUCCUGAUCAACAAUGGCGCCGACAUAGCCAAGGACACCAACAAGCCCAAUUGCGAGGAGAGCCUCCUGCACUGUGCCGUCAGAUCGAACGCCCUGGAGUGUCUGCAGAUCUUCAUUGGCGAGGGCGCCGAUGUCAACUCGCUGAAGCCAAACGGCACCAAUGCUAUACACCUGGCCGCUGACCUGGGAAACAUCCAGUGCCUGGAGGCCCUCUUGAAUGCUCCCAACGCAGAUGCCAACGUACGGAUCUGUAUCCGGGAAAAGGAGUCCACGGCACUGCAUUUGGCAGCGGACGAGGGAAAUGUGGAGUGCGUGGAUCUUUUGCUGUCCAAAGGAGCAGAUGCGAAACUAAAGAACCACCGGGGCUUCACACCCCUCCACUUGGCGGCAAGGACUUCCAGCCUGGAGUGCGUUGAAUCGCUACUGAGGAAUGGAAAUGCCGAUGCCAAUGCCGAGGACUUUGACCAUCGUACUCCACUCCACGCAGCCGUGGGAAAAUCGGAGAACGCCUACGACAUAAUGGAGACCCUCAUUCAGUGGGGUGCCAAUGUCAACCACAAGGACAUCUAUGGCUUUACGGCUCUCCACUUGGCAGCGCUGGACGGAUUGGUUCAGUGUGUGGAGAUGCUGAUAUUCCACGGGGCGGAUGUGACCACCAAGUCGAAGAAGGGGACCUCUGCCCUGAACGUGAUCACCAGGAAAACCCCGGCUUCUGUGGCCAUGAUCAGGCAGAAACUGGAUGCGGCCAUUACCCUGCACCACUCGCAGGAUCCAGUGAACCGCGAGGUGGAGCUGGAGCUCGACUUUCGGCAGCUGCUGCAGCAUUGCCAUCCGCGCGAGAUCAGCUACUUGAACACAUUUGUCGACGAAGGCCAGAAGGAGAUCCUGGAGCAUCCACUGUGCUCCUCCUUCCUCUACAUCAAGUGGGGCAAAAUCAGGAAGUACUACAUCGGCCGACUGAUAUUCUGCUUCAGCUUCGUGCUCUUCCUCACGCUAUACGUGCUGACGGCCCUGGCCCACAACUGCUACAAUGGGAGCAAGGACGACAACACGACUAUCCAGGCCCAGGAGCUGUGCCAAAAGCAGUCCAUCCUGGGCGAUAUGCUGCGCAACAACCCCUUCGUGAUGGAGAUGCAGUGGUGGGUGCUGGUUGCCAUCACCAUAGUGGAGAUAUUUCGAAAACUAUACGGGAUUACAGGGUAUUCUUCGUUCAAGCACUACGUCACGCAAGUGGAGAACAUAAUGGAGUGGUUCGUGAUCACCAGUGUCUUUGUCAUAUCCUACAUCUACACCAAGCAGACGUACACGUUCCAAAACCACAUUGGCGCCUUUGCGGUACUCCUUGGAUGGACCAAUCUUAUGUUAAUGAUUGGCCAGCUGCCGGUCUUCGACGUCUACGUGGCCAUGUACACCCGGGUCCAAGGAGAGUUCGCCAAGCUGUUCAUGGCCUAUUCCUGCAUGCUGAUCGGUUUCACCAUUAGCUUCUGCGUGAUCUUUCCAUCGUCCUCCUCGUUCGCCAAUCCAUUCAUGGGCUUCAUCACGGUUCUGGUUAUGAUGAUCGGCGAACAGGAUCUGUCGCUACUAAUCAACGAUCCCGAGGGCAAGGACCCUCCCUUUCUACUGGAAGUCAGUGCGCAGAUCACGUUCGUGCUGUUCCUUCUGUUCGUGACCAUCAUCCUGAUGAAUCUUCUAGUGGGUAUCGCUGUCCACGAUAUCCAGGGAUUGAAAAAGACGGCGGGCCUGUCGAAGCUGGUGCGCCAGACUAAGCUGAUUAGUUACAUAGAGUCGGCUCUGUUCAACGGCUACUUGCCCACCUGGCUGAGGAAUCUACUGCACUACACGGCCCUAGUUUCUCCACAAGCCUAUAGGGUGGUGUUGUGCGUCAAGCCCUUAAAUCCCAGCGAAAAACGCCUACCCAGGGACAUACUUAUGAAAGCCUACGAGGUCGGGAAGAUGCGGAAGCAUUUCGGACACACUAUCUCCUCGAAGAACUCGGCUGAGAAUUAUCUGUCGUACAAGAACAAGUACAAUAACAAUAAUGGUUGCGCCACCACUGGGUACGUCCUGCCCGAUGCGGACCCAGAUGCCGGGCAGUUUAAUACCCUGACUACCAAAAUCGACGACAACGCGGACCGAAUCGAGUUCCUCACCCAGGAGAUCCAGGAGCUGAAGCAAGCCCUCAUUUCGCAGCAGCAGCAGGCGAGCAAGGUGAUCGACAAGCUGCUAAUUGUCAUUUCCAACCAGCAAAAGCACAAUUUGCGGAAAUAGUAGUUUUCUAGACGUAGACGUAAGGUAAUCCGCAAAGGAUUCCAGUUAAGUCCCAGAAUAUUGUUGAUAUUAUCGUAGUAGCAAACUGUAGUUAAUCUAAUUUUGAUAUCGAAGCGCUUGGCGCCCUAUACAAUAUAGCCAUAACACAGCAUACAACACUAUUAUCCAUACAAGUACUAUUGUUGAACUAGCAGUUAUUUAUCCCUACAAAUAUUAUUGUGUAACUAGAGGUUAUUUGAAUUAGAGACGGACAGUUGGCAGGAUUGAUUUGUUGCUGGUUACAGGCUGUGUCUUUGUCGUUUUGGAGUAGUAGUCGUCAGAGAAUUGUUUAAAUCCUAAUUAAAUAAAUGUGUCUAUUUUUAAUAAAGUAUAUGCUAUACCAA